AUGGGCAAAAGGAAGAUCUUUGUCCAGCGAACCAUGCCAACACCGUUGCGUGAGGGUGUUGAACAAGAGAUGGAAGUUGAGGACAUUUUGUCGGUGCCGACAGACAACAAUGUACUGAAAGAUUCACAGGAAGUGAUUAUUGUUCCAAACACUCCCAAUGAUUGGGAUAUUUUAGAAGCUACUAUGGUGGCUCAGGGUGAUAGUUUGGUGGAGGCUCCAUUUUUUGUUUUGCAAUCAAAAUUCCAAAGAAAACGGUGGAAACACUAA